UCAAUGCGGAAGCAGGGAUUUUGACUUACUGGCCCAUGUGAGCUGUGUCUGUUUCCAGCAGUCAAUCAGUGAACGCCACAGCAAGGAGUAACACUAGAGUUCUACGAAGACAUGCUGCUAUGUCAGUGCAAAGCCAGUGGUGAUUUCAAUGGUGAAAUACUCAUGUAUGACUGGCAGAUAACAUAAAACUAAGGUGGUGCAGCAGGUUUUCUUGGUUGGAGUUUUUUUUUCUUUUGAGACAUUAUGUUGCCACAGGGUAGAUUGCUGUUGGCUCGUUUUUCUGGCUAUUGGAAGCCUCUGUUUAAAGGUCGUUUCUUAAUAGUCACAAACACUGUAAGCUGUGGGAUCUUGCUGGGCAUUGGAGACACUAUUCAACAGACUCGGGAGCGGAGGAAAGAUUCAGAGAAAAGGAGAGACUGGCUCAGAACAUUCAGAAUGUUUGCGAUUGGCUGCUCAAUGGGACCUGCAAUGCACUUUUGGUAUGGCUGGCUGGAUCGGUCAUUCCCUGGGCAAGGGAUCAGAGUAGUGGUGAAGAAAGUAUUAAUUGACCAGUUAGUGGCCUCGCCAACACUUGGAAUUUGGUACUUCCUUGGAAUGGGCUCCAUGGAAGGACAGAGUCUGGAACAAAGUUGGAAAGAAUUUCGGAACAAGUUUUGGGAGUUUUACAAGGCAGACUGGACUGUGUGGCCUGCAGCUCAAAUGGUGAACUUCUACUUUUUGCCUCCAAAGUACCGUGUAAUUUACAUUAAUGUGAUCACUGUGGGAUGGGAUACUUACCUAUCGUAUCUCAAACAUAGGACGGCAGAAACCAUGGAAAGCCUGGUUAUCGACCCAAAAUUGCCAAGCACUCCUGAGCAACUCAUUAGUGCACCUCUGCCAAAGACACUGGAUGAAAGUGUUUGAUGGCAAAAGCAAAAUAUUUUAUACAUGAGCCUAGUGAAUUCAAAUUGACCACUGGAACCCAUAAUGUCCUUGGUAGACUUUUUGUCCGAUAAGGGGCUCACCAACAUGAUUCAUUAAGAUUAAUAAUUAGUCAAUAAUUACUUUAUUAAAUGAGAAAGUAAGACUUAGUGUGAUAGUAGCUGUAGCUAUCAAAUCUUUAAAUCUCAAUCCACCAAACUUGCCAGUCUUCAAGAGAUACUGUUAUAACUGUGCUGUUGUAUGCAAGGUUUGGUGACACAAAGUUGCCUUGGACUAUACAUAAGUUAAAAAAAUAUAUAUAUAUUUUUUGCUAAGGAUAUUUUUUUUUUUGUCUCACAAGUAUGCUGGUUGAAGAUGUAUCAUUCUAAGUGAAAGCAAAUUAACCUGAAGUCUCUCCGUAUGCUGUUCUACUGUACAGUAGCACUAAAACGAUGAUCCAAACACUGAAUGAUUCUUAUAUUUCUGUAUAUUUUAUCCUUUCCCCCCCCCUCCCCCCUCCCCCUGCCCCUUGCUGGAACCUCGUCUUUCAGAUUAAUGAUUAAUCAUUGCAGUUUUUCCAUAUCUGGACUAAUGGAAUCUAACCUUCCUAAAAAGUAGGAUAUGGUGUCCCUCAUCUUCUACGUCUGCAAAUACUACAGGACUGAAUUAUUAGAUAACAUCUCUAUCAUGGAGACAAAAAAAAUGCAACAUUUACUGGACUUCAGUGAGUGAGAGGUUAUUUUCCAUUUCAAGCAUGAUAUCUGGAAAGACAUCACUGGAGAACAACAAAGCACGGCCAAGCAGGCAUAGUAAUCCUGUGGUUAAAGAAUAUGAAUCCCAUAUACAUUUAGAAGAUGGAAAACCUCUCCAUACUGGUGGAAUCCCUGAGUCUGUAUUGAAUUCAGAACUAUUUGCGCACUUUCAUGACUUGUUUACUGCUAUGUUGCUAUAUGCGACUACUCAGGACAUGCUUGUCAAAAGAACACAACUCAGAAAAAACCCAAACCGCUCCACCACAUGGGGAUACACGGAAUGCUUUUAUUCUAUAUUAACUAGGCUGUUACUGUAAUUAUUACUGCUAAUUCUAACGCACCAAUGUGCACAUGAUCUGUGAUCUAGCCUUCAAAGUUUUUAUACAGAGUGCUUGGCCAGAUAGCCCAUGAGCUUGCGAUCUAAAGGUUAAAAUGAAAGUUGAGACGAGAUUGCAGGAUGAAUAUUGUGGUGAUGGUUAGAGAGAAUUAAAGAAUAAGCAGCCACUGAUAAUAUGGAAAGGGAAUGAGGAGGUAAUGGAGUGAGAUCUUUCUGUUGACGGUUUGGUAAAUAGAGCACACCUCUGAAUGUUUGCUGAAUGAGAUGAACAUGAAGUUAAACAAUACUAGUACAUUUCUCUUUUACCUGAGAAAUCAUCAACUGAAAGAUCUGCUAAAUUAAGCAUAGAAUAACAGUAUUUCCUUAGUUUUAUUAUUUAUUUUUGUUCCAAAGACAAUGAUGGAAUUAAUGGUAAUUUAAAAAAGAUAAUUAAUCAUAUAUUCAAAUAUAAUGUCUAAUUCUAUAUUUGUAAUUAUUACUGCCAAACUAUGACAAUAUUUUUUAAGUCUGUUUCUUUGUAUUUUAUGUGAGAAUAGUAAUGUACACUGUUAAGGAGUUACUAUGUACAAAGGUUUACGUGAAGAUCCGCAUUCAUAGGUUUAUUUACUAAAGCGAGCACUGCUGUCAGGAAUUCAAAGGGAAUUUCACAUUUUUGGCAAAAAUAUAGCAAUUAGGGGGAAAAAAAUCUCCAAAUCUAUUCUGGUUUCAAUUAGGCUAUUUGGGCUGUAAAUGUGAAUCUAACUGUGAAGUUAGUGUGAAUACCCAGCAAACCUAAUAACCUAAAUAACCUUUUUUUAGUGUGAAUCUCCACCAUAACUUUUCUAACAGCGUAGGCUGGUCUUUAGUGAAUAAUCCUGUGUUUGUAUGAAAUUGUAUGAUCCCAUACAAAGUGAUUGUCUGCCUUUUGUG